UUCACUACACUCAACAACAUCCUCUCAUUCUGUCUGCUCUGUGGCUCCCUAACUAAACCUCACAUGAGCGACACCCUCACAGAAAUAUUCCACCACCCCGUGUCUCUGCAUCGCCAGACUAGUUUUCUGCCAUGUGUUUGUAAGGAAAACUUUCUGACAGCCUCUCUCUCGGAGUGACAGCCUGCCGCAUCUCGUUGGAGUCUGGGUGGUGGAGUCUGUUUGUGUUUUUCCACCUAUGUGAACUGCUUUGACCCGCAUCUCCAUCCUGUCACCUGUGUCAAGUAUCUGGAGGUAACGCAGCACGACCGGAGCGCUUUAACUCCCACUACCCGGUUUCCCCUCACCGAUACCGGGCACGAUGAGGAGCUGGAGGCGGCGGAGGAACUUUGCCUUUCUGAUCUUCGCCUUCCGAGUCUGGUGCCUGUCCACGGCUGCAGAAAAUGCUGACAACACGGUUUACAACAAGCAGGAGGGAAGUAGUGCAGACGAGGUCGAGCGACGAGGGGAGGCGACCAAACCACAACGCUAUGGGACCACCGUACCUCUGAUGCUGAAGGGCAAAGAGCACAGACCUCUCAGCCAGCUCACAGCCGGGAGUUAUCCUGCGUCACUCCGGCUGCUGCUAACUGCGGAGGGUGAACAGCUGAUCUUGUUGCUGGAGAAAAAUGAGGGUCUUUUCGCAAGCCAUUACACCGAGACGCAUUACCGGGAGGAUGGAAGUGCAGUCACCGGUGCUCACAACUUCACGAAUAACUGCUACUACCAUGGGGAAGUGCAGGCGCAUGCAAACUCUGAUGUUACCCUCAGCGUCUGCUCGGGCCUUCGAGGCUUCAUCGCACUUGAAAACAAGACAUUCAUCAUCGAGCCGAUGUCUGGCCGUGACACCGGGGCCCACUCCAUCUACCGGGUAGAAGAGCUCAGACUGACCCCAGGAGCCUGCGGCCACGGCUUCAACAUGUCCUCCGUUGCCCCUGAAAACCACAUCAAAAGCCCCUUCCAGUCUUUCCACACAAGGCAUAAGAGGCAUACUCAGAAGACGACCAAAUAUGUGGAGCUGAUCAUUGUUGCCGACAACAGAGAGUUUCAGAAACAAGGGAAGGACUUGGAGAAGGUGAAGCAGAGACUGGCAGAGAUAGCCAAUUACGUAGACAAGUUCUACAGGGCCCUGAACAUCCGGGUGGCCCUGGUGGGUCUGGAGGUGUGGAGUGACUCUGAUAAAUGUCCCGUCACCCAGGAUCCCUUCACCACCCUGCACGAGUUCCUAGACUGGAGGAAAGUCAAGCUGCUGCCUCAGAAGCCUCACGACAACGCUCAGCUCAUAAGUGGGGUUUAUUUCCAGGGCACCACCAUUGGCAUGGCGCCCAUUAUGAGCAUGUGCACAGUGGAGCAGUCUGGAGGCAUUGUCAUGGAUCAUUCUGAGAAUCCUCUGGGUGCAGCAGUGACUUUAGCACAUGAACUCGGACACAAUUUUGGCAUGAACCACGACACUCCAGAACGCGGCUGUGGCUGCAGGAUGACUGUUGAUCGUGGAGGCUGCAUCAUGACUCCCUCCACAGGGUAUCCAUUCCCAACAGUGUUCAGUACGUGCAGUAAAAAGGACCUCGCUGCCAGUCUGGAGAAAGGCGUGGGCAUGUGUUUGUACAAUAUGCCCGAGGUCAAGGUGCUCUAUGGAGGACAGAAGUGCGGCAAUGGCUACGUGGAGGAGGGAGAAGAGUGCGACUGCGGGGAGCCAGAGGAAUGUAUGAACCCAUGUUGCAACGCCACCACAUGCACCCUCAAGGGAGAUGCCGUGUGCGCCCACGGACAGUGCUGUGAAGACUGCAGACUCAAGCCGGCUGGCACGCUCUGCCGAGAGUCCAGUAACUCAUGCGACCUGCCAGAGUUCUGUACCGGAGCCAGCCCUCACUGCCCAGCCAACGUUUAUCUGCAUGAUGGACACGCCUGCCACAACGUUGAAGGCUACUGCUACAACGGCAUCUGUCAGACUCACGAGCAACAAUGCAUCACCCUGUGGGGACCAGGAGCCAAGCCUGCGCCUGGGAUCUGCUUUGAGAGAGUCAACUCUGCAGGGGAUCCUUACGGGAACUGUGGGAAGGACUCCAAAGGCUCCUUUGCCAAAUGCGACGCCAGGGAUGCAAAGUGUGGUAAAAUUCAGUGCCAGGGUGGAUCCAACCGGCCAGUGAUCGGUACAAACGCUGUGUCGAUUGAAACCAACAUCCCACUGCAAGAAGGAGGCCGUAUCCUGUGUCGAGGAACACAUGUUUACCUGGGUGAUGACAUGCCGGACCCUGGACUGGUUCUGGCCGGUACAAAGUGUGGAGACAGCAUGGUGUGCCUGAACCGUCAGUGCCAGAAUGUCAGCGUCUUUGGUGUGCAUGAGUGCUCUGGCAAGUGCAACGGACGUGGGGUGUGUAACAACAAGAAGAACUGCCACUGUGAAGCACACUGGGCCCCUCCGUUCUGCGAGAAAUCCGGCUUUGGUGGAAGCAUUGACAGCGGGCCAAUGAGACUGGCAGAUGUGCGUGUGUGUGUAUUAAUGUGCGUGUUGUCAUAUAUGGCAUCAGCCGACAGCGUGAUCAUUACUGUGGCAGUCCUGGUUACGCUGGUCAGCCUGCUGGUAGCUUCCGUAGUCAUCUUUCUGAAGAGGAAGACUCUGCUGCGCCUCUUCUUCACCAACAGGAAGAGCACGUUGGAGAAACUCAGAUCCGUGGAAACCAAGAGGCCAACGAGCCCCAUCAGGACUGAGUCCAUGUACAGACCAACACCAAGACGCAAACCUCCACCCAAACCCUCUGGAGCCAGCAUGUACAAGCCGUCUCUCCUGAGUGCAGAGCCUCUUCUACCGCCUCACAACUUCCACUCUCACAGCCUGCGCAGACUUCCCCUCUACCAGCCCCUGCACAUCAGCCAGCCCAUGCACAUCAGCCAGCCCCUGCACAUCAGCCAGCCCAUGCCUGUGUCUCUGAGUGUCGGCCAGCCCACCCUGCCUCCUCUGCCUGCCCACCACAGAGUCCUUCCUGCCCACACGUCCCUGUCGCCACCUCGAGUGCAGCCUUUUCUCAGUCUGCCACGCCAGCAGCCAUCGUACCGAGCCGACCAGGACUUUGACAAGCCCAGCCCACCCCAGAAACCCCUACCUGCAGAUCCACUGGGGAGGAGCUCUCGGCUGGGUCACGGUGCCACAGCAGCGGGGGUCCACAUCCCCGGGACUGGAGCCAUUCCUAUACCGGUCCCCACUGUGCCCAGGCCUCCACCCAGCAUCCCUUUGCCCAGCAGACCCGUGCCGGUGUUGCCCUACAGACCACCAAAGAUUCAGGAGGACUGCUGAGCUCUUGACAUCAUGGACAAAAUAGAUCUCCUACAAAAAGAGGGAGACUUUCCUCUAUUUGCACUAACUGGGACUCUGUGAGAACUUUCGGACAUUUGGGGAAGCGUCGCGGAGUUUCUAGUGAAAGGGGGCUAACAUCUCACCUCGGUGCUACGCCUCUAAAAGGUGCUUUGUUGUCCUCGCUCAGGUACCAAUGAACUAUUUAUCUAUUUAAGUAUUUAACAUCGAUGUUGCCGGUUUGUGGACGGAGCACUCUGACGAAGAGCGACUUUUGGGAAAAUUAUUGAAAAGAGGGAAACAUGGUGUCAUUUCGGAUAUUUCUUUUGCAUUCUUUAGUGAUUUUUAUACUUUUUUCUCAAAUGAAAUGCUGAAAUAUCUGACCUUUUUUAUAACCAGUGAUUUGCUUGAAUAAUAGAGGUGUAAAAAGUUGGACUUGGAUGAAGAUAAAGGGAAAUGGAGCACGAGCUUGUGGCCCGCUGAGCAGUGUUAUCUACUUUUCUAUUUUUAUGAUGUAUUCAAUACCAAAUACAUCAUCAGUAUCCAGUGCUAAAAAAUAUAUAUUAUUUCAAAAAACACAUCUGCUUCUAGAUGAAUCAUCUAAAGGCUGGAUGGAAAUGGUUUAACUCCAACUGAAGCGUCAAGACUACAUUUUUGUUGCGAGAUUAAUCUGAUCCGCUCAUUUUGCAGCCUCGCCAUCGGGCUCCUUUAUUCCCUUAUAUGUUCACUUUUGCAGGAAACCAGGAAAAAGUACUUUUUCACACAUUUCACACUGGCUCUGACAUAGCGCUCGGGGCAUGUGCUGGACGCUCAACGUGCUCUGAUGCUGGCAAGCGCUGCAGAGUGUCAACAGAUUUGACAGACUGAUUGUGUUCCAGAGAAUUACACCUACACCAAAUAAUUCAUCGUUAAUGCUGGUGUCUGUAUGUUUAACGUUUACGCUCACUUUGUCCUCGGGUGUGCGAGUCGAGCCGGAUGACUUCAGCGUGUCCAACGAGAUGUUUCACCGUCUCCGUCUUUGCUUUCACAACGUUCCUUUUUGGAUUCUGUGUGGCUUCACUGAUUAUUCAUGCAUUCACGGCAUCGUCCAUUAGAUCCAGAGCUCGGCGUUGCACUUUGAGUUUAGGCACUUUUUUCUUGAUGUUAUUUAUGUGAGGAGGGAUUCGACUGUAAACUUGACGCCGCCGUCCUUUUAUUCUAUGUCGCUGUUGGCUUUGGAUAAUGCAUUUUUUGUACUUGCAGUGUAUCCAAAUGCAACGCUUGUCUCUUCACCGCCGCGGAAUGAUUGAAGUCCUGCACACCUGCAUCGUGUUUGUGUACAGAAGUGUACAAGUAAAUGCUUUUUUCUUGUGUUCAGAUGUGUUCAGAGUAACUGCUCUCCGCUGGAAAAAAUAUUUGUGUCGAUUAACUGUUAAAUGUUUAUGCCAUUUGUAAAUCCUAAAUGUACUGUUUAUUAUAUUUUAAGUGUUUAAAAGCCAUUGUAAAGUGUAAAUAUUGUAUGUUAGUUAUCAUUUUUCUUCAUUUUUUUGUUUUUUUUCAAGCACAGUAAUGUAAGAACAGCUUUGAGGCCGAGCCCCCUUUACACUGGGUCGUGAUCUUGGACUAGUUCUGACCUCCGACUUGUAGGCCAGACGCAAACGUUACAGGAUAGCAUUUGAAUUAAAGGAUGAAAUCAGAGCCAAAUAAAAGUUCCUUUAUGACUGUUU